AUGCCGCCAUCGACCAUUGACGAGCCCAGGGCCUCGGCGUCGAGCCAGUCCCCGGCCGGGGGGAAACGCCCCAAUCGGCGGCGUCCGAACAAUCGCUCCGCAUCCGGUCGCACGGAAACCCCACCGGAAGAGCUCUUUGCCGGGUUUGCCAGCCGGCGCACGGUUCGCCCCGCGCCUGCUCCAGCUGAGUCGGUGGACAGCCUCGCCGACCGGCUGGAGUCCACGGUGAUUGCCGCGUCCACUGGGCCGAGUGGCAUUUCCACAGAUGGCGUGCCGGAGACCGUGAAGCCCCUGGCUUCUGCCACCGAGGAGGGGGAGCCUGUGGCGGCGGGCAUCGCCACGGAGGCGGGUGAUCUGAAAUCCGCCGGCGUGUCGACCGCCGUGGACAUUCCGAUGGGCGCCAGUGCCUCGGGCCCCCCCACUGCCUCGGGAGCCUCCGCUGAGUCAGGCUCGACCAGUGCCCCGGCGCUGCGCAAUGCUCGGACCGGACGCUCAGACCGGCCGGCUUUCUCGAUGCAUGUUGCCCGGCGAAUGAUCGAAAAUGAAUUGGAGAUCUCGAUGGCGGUGUCGGACGAGCGCAAGGCCUUCGAGCGCGAACAGCUAGACCGUGCCCGUGAGGAGCGCCGGGUACGACGCGAGCAGGCUCGGCAGAGACGUCUUUCCGAGGAGGCGCCCGAGCAGUAG